AUGGAUCAAUCAAUUUCACAUAGAGGUGACUUCUUCACAGGUACAGAAGUUGUCAAUUCUGCCGCUGGACAUUCAAGACCCAGCCCUGCAGAGCUUGGAGUGGAGGGAGGAUCUCUGCACAAGCUCCUUCGAUCUAUGGAAUAUAACCUCUUUCCUCAGUCUGCUGUCUUUGAAAGCGACUUUAUUCAGGUGAGUAGACGUGGAAACCUUGUGGAUAUCUACAACAUCCCGACACUCCUGACUUUGGGAGUAACUUCAUCUGUUCCAUUGCUACCUCUUCCAAAUAUCUUGAUCAUUGCCAGAAGGGACAAUGAAUCCAAGAGAACAGAGGGAGGAGGAGGAUUCAUGAAGAUAACCAGGCUGCUUCCCAUGAAGUUAGUCAGACUGAGCAUACACAAGAAUGUCAGUCGCUGUUUAAAGCUGACCCUGGCUAAUCAAAGCACCUAUUACCUCCAGCUCCAGGACAAGCACCCUCACCAAGUCUUCAAGCUCUGGGAAGAACUUAUUUGCAUACUUCAUGUUGGACUCUCCACAACAUUCAAAGAUCCCAAUGUCAAUCUUCCCAAGACCUCCUUGUGUGAUUCAAGGAGCUCCUCAACAUCCACCAUCAAUUCUCAGAAAUCCUGCCGGAACAUUCCCAUUGGGAGCAACAAUACAUCAAAUUCUAAAAUAGAAGUUUGGAAAAGAAGUAAUCAAGUCUUGACACUACAUAUCCCACCAAAGCUAAGGGUGACUGAACAACAAAAGGGUGAAGAAGAAAGAGGAGGAGGUGGAGGGGAAGGAGGCGGAGGAGGAGAGACCAACACCUCUGAGGCAGAAAACGAAGACCGCACAUACUAUGGACUCUGGGAACGUGACAGGCCAACAUUAAUGCCACUCUCCAGGCUGAGUAGCCUCAUUGCUGUUGGACUGAGAUAG